AUGGCCGCAGAGAUGGAGCGCAACAUGAGGCGACAGGCAAAGGAGGAGAACACGCUGGAGGACAUUGACGCGCGCAUCCUCAAGCUGGAGACGGACAGGGACAACCUGGUGGAACUGAUCGUCUCUCUCCUGCCCUCCCGCCAGCGGGGCUCGGAGGAGGCGCAGACCAGGGUGAACACGCUCAGCCAGCAAUCCGAGCAGGCGAAUCUCAGCGCGGAGACGGACCUGGUGCGCCUGGAGCGCCUGAGGGAACUGGAGCUGCCCGCGAUCCCCGCCUUCCCGUCCCUCGAAGCAGUGGUGGAUGACAUAGAGAUCUCGUUGGAGGACUACCUGGAAGGCAAGACGCUCAGUGACCAACUCGCGACAGCCGUCUCUCCCGAUGGCAAGGCCGCGGCGCUGCUGGCGAGCAAGGACUUCAUGUUCAGGACCGCGCUCGCCCAGGCGCCCCAAUGGUGGGGUGCCGUGGCGGGCGGCUCGCAGAGCGACGCUGAGCUGGCAUCGGCCCGCGUGCGGCGCUCUCUGGCCCUGGGGUGCCAG